UCCCAUCCUUCCACCACCACCACCUCCUCCUCAGCCGCCACUUCAGCCGACCACCGUUUCCGCGCCCUCACCACGCUGCUGCACAUCCUCUCCAGCAGCCUCUCGCCAGCACGAGCGCUCGAAAUCACCGUGCCGAUAGUGGAGCCGUACACGCGGCGACUCGACAGCGUGGCAGAGCUUUUGAGCCGGCGGGCGUCGGAGCAGAUCGCAGUGUGCGUGCGGUACCAGCGGUUCCCGUCCGUGAUGCGGCCGUGCGUGUACAUUUUCGUUUCUGGAGGUGAGGGUGAGGAUGAUGGUGAGGAUGGAGAUGGGGAUGGUGCAGGGGGCGGGGAGGGGAGGGGGAGGGGGGUAGAGGUGCAUGAGGUGGAUCCGCACGAGUUUGGGGGUGUGGCGGAAACGGCGCUGCAGGAGCUCACGCCGUAUUUUCUCGAGAAUCCGAGUGUGCCGCUGGAGCACCAUGUCGGCGUCCUUCUGGGCUGGCUGCAUAGGGUGUUUAGGGAGUGCGCCGGGCCAGAGGAGAGGUACGAGAGGUUUCAGGUGCUGGAUUUUUAUAUGCUGUUCCGCCAAUGCGGUAAGAUGUUGCUGAAGCUGGAGGCGGGGAGAGGGCUGUUCUUGGGUGCGUUCGAGGAGGUGGCGGCGAGGACGUGGGUGGACGGCGAGUUGGGGAACAGGUGGGUGGGCGAGCAGGCGGGGUUCACAGAGAAUUUGAAGACGGGUGCGAGGCUGUGGACCAGGAUUGCGGUGCUCGGUGGGCCGAAAGAGAAGUGGCCGAGCCUGUGGAGGGCGUGUGAGAGGCGUCGUCGGUGGGAGGCCGGUGAAAUGAAAGUCGAAACGGCAACGGAGGUCAAUGGGGAAGGGGAAGGGAAAGGGACGCAGCCAUGUCUACAGGACGAGAAGGAGAAGGGGAAAAAGGAAUGCUUGAACAUGGGUGAGAAGCUGUACAGACAGCAGCCGGAAGUCCGUACGAACGGAGAUACGCCCGAGUUACAACAGGAGGCCAACGACAAAGAUGACAUAUUCAUCGGCUUCGAUCCGGCCAUCGACUCCAUAUACAACGCCACCACCUGCCUCGACUUCAACUCCUUCCUCAUCCAUAGCCUCACACAGCUCUCCCGAAACCUCACCGAGCUGGAAUCCUACGCGUCCUCGUCCCCGCGCACUGGCCUGCCAGAGGAUGAGAAAGCCGCCUUCACCACCCUGCACCGCCACAUCCACCUUUCGGUCCGGGUCUUCUACAACCUCUUCCACGACUCCUCGGGCAUCCUGCAAUCCCACCUCCACUGGGUCGCCGCGGUGCUGGGCAAAGACAAGCGGCACGCCACCUCGCGAUCCGUCCACGACAUCCUCGAGCUCCCGCGGCCGGGGACGAUCUACCGCGGCCCCUCCGUCCGACCUCUAGCCCAAGGGGCCAGCCUGUGGGCGCGAGCCUGCGCCGAGUGGCUGAAGCUCAUAUACCGGCCGAUGGAAUGUGUGCACCGGUUCCAGGGAUCGCGUGGCUUCUGCACACUGCGCAAGGUGCUGCAGGACUGCGAUGUGGCCAUCGUGCGGUGCAAGCUGGGGGACCGCCGAAUGGCGGCGUGGGAGGACGUGGUGCGCAGCGUCGUCGAGGGCUGCCCGCGCAUAUUCAAACCGGAGCAUGCUGACAUGCUGAUCGCCCACUUUCGCGACGAGGCCAGGAAGGCGGAUCGGGCGAGUCCGCUCAAGAAGCUCCUCGGGGACUGGACUUUCGAGGGCUGUGUCCAUCCUCUGGCUGCGCUGGCGGGACUGAGGUCGGCCGCGGUGGAGCGCUCCUCGCAAAAGGCCAAGGCUAAGAGAGGGAAGAAAUCCACCAUCCCACACUCCAGAUCUCACCAACGUCCCGCCUACCAUGACCCUGCGAACAAUCCCUUCGCGACGUCCGAAUUCCAGUGCAUCGGUGGUCUGGUUGGCAUCUCGCACACGCCGUGUGCCGUGUGCAACAUGCUCGCCGAGCACGCUCUCGACGUCAGCAGGAGCAGCAACGUGGUGGCACCGUGUGCACUGCCGCCGAUCAUGUCGGCCACGCAGCGUGUAAAUGUGAUGCGAACGGUUGAGCGGAGGCUGGAGGAUGUACUGAUGGAGCUGUUGGAGGUGGUUGAUCCCGACCCGAAUCUCUCGGAGUUGUCGACGAGGGCUGGAGGUGUGGGGGGGCAAAGACAGGCGAGGUGGGUAUGAAGUAGAGAGCAGGUACUUGGGCAUGCUACGUAGGACGAAGUAGGGGGUAGUCAGGGAGGGAGGCAGUCAAGGGAGGUAGGCGGGGAGGAAGGAAUGGAUACGGAUCGGCACUGCUUGCUUAGUUAAUUAGGGGCAGGCGGGAAGAUGCAGGUGUACGUAAGACGGGUAGGUAUCAAAAGCAUCAUCUAGGGUUUUUGGGGACUAAUGCUUGAACUCUGUGCAAAGACCCCAGCGUAAGGAUUCCGUGGGGGGGGGAGCGAAAUGCGUCGAGGGCACGAGCCAAUUUGCUGUGCCCAUCGCACCGCUUACGUGGGUGGACAUUUGUAAGGAUAUCCGAAGAUGGCUGUCGUCGUGCGGACACAGAUCUUCCUUGGCCUGGGAAAUAGCCGUGGCCAUGUGUGGAAGGCCUGGUCCCGGUGUGGAAGGCCU